GGGCUUUACAGUCGACCUCAAAAAUAAUGACAGCGUUGCUCGUUGCUCGCCGCAUUGUUUGCAAAAGCGACUUUUCUAUUGCCCAUGGUGGGUUAAAAUGUAAAAGACAUGUUGAGCCUGUGAUCAGUUUAAUAGUUACGAAAGCCCCAGUCUCGCUGUGGAGGGAGGGAGAAGAAUCGGCGGCGGGUGAUAAUCAGAGGAAACGCUGGGCUGCUUCCAGCCACCUCCUCCUCCUGCCCAGUCCAAAGGAGGCGGGUCGCCACCUGGGGCAAAACAGCGGUCCUUUCCUGCUGCCGUGGACUGGUGAAAGGUCAGCCUUGCUGAGGGCAAGUGGCUGGGACGGAACCGGUGACUCUCCCUUAAAGCUGCGGCUCCUGUUCCCCCGCCCGUUCUGCUGCUCUGCUCUGAGGGGCCUGGUCAAGGCAGAGCAAAGCGAACCAGCACCCGUCCCCGGAGCCGCCACCGCAGCGCCUAGGCCCAGGCCGGCACCCAUCCCCGGAUCCCGGCACACGGAACCCGGAGCCGCCACCGCAGCGCCCAGGCCCAGGCCGGCACCCAUCCCCGGAUCCCGGCACACGGAACCCGGAGCCGCCACCGCAGCGCCCAGGCCCAGACCCGGCCGCAGCCGCUCCCCCAGCCAUGCCACGGAGCUCCCGGCUGCAGUGGUGGUUCAGUUUGGUUCCCGGGAAGAAGAUUUUCGGGACCUAUCGCUUCCUGCCGUGUUUCUUUGUACUGGGCGGUGUGCUGGAGUGGAUAAUGAUAAACGUGCGCAUCGGCCACGAAACAUUUUAUGAUGUGUACCGAAGAAAACGUUCUGAGCGGCAGUACCAACAGAAAUUAGAAGCACUGUCCACAAAUGAAAAUCACUUGGCAUCAAAAUAAGACACUUUACUUAACUGGCAAAUCUGCAUUAUGAAUAGAUUAAGUUAUUUCCUCUUUAAAAUUGUUAUAUUUCCUGAGACGUGUAUUUUAUUGCAUUUAAAAUACAAUGUGUGCCUCAUUUCAUGAAGUUACUUGUUUUGUUUCUAUUUCUAUCCACUUGGUUUGUAUUGCACCUUGUAUCAUAGGAUAUUUAAAAACCCACUCAUUUAAUUGCUUGAAGAACUGUUACUCUUGACAUAGAAUUAAGUACAUAGCGGUAAAGAUGAAUGUUGGAGAAGUUAUGUCAGAAGCACUUUGGCUCAUCAAAUUAUUUAACAAACACUUUUUGUUCCACCAGAAGAGGGAGUAAUAUUUUUGCUAACAGCUCUCUGCACUGAAGUGGAGCUUGGAAAGAGUUAACAAUCUAACAAAGAGGAAUGCCACUAACUGAGCCACGCUGUGCUAUAUUAGGGGACCUGACAAAUAAAGAAACACAGUAUAGGGUAAAUGAUUGGAAUGUUAAGCCGUAAGACAUAAGAACAGAAUCAGGGCAUUAAACCCAUCGUCUGUUCUGGCAUUUGAUCAUGGCUGAUUUAUGUUUCUUUUCAACCCCCUCUUCUGCCUUUACUAAUCAAGAACCUAUCAAUUUCCACUUUAAAUAUACCCAGUGACUUGGCCUUCUCAGCCGUCUAUAGCAACGAAUUCCAUAGGUUCGCCAUCCUCUGGCUAAAGAAAUUCCUCCUUAUCUCCUUAUUUCUGAGACUGUGCCCUCUGGUCCCAGACUCUUCCACUAUUGGAAACACCCUUUUCACUGUUGAAAUCUUUGUCAUGAUAUAUUGAAGUAGGGACUUGAGAAGAGAACAGAGCUCUAAAGGGAUAGGACAGAAAAUAUAAUAAGUAUGGUGAAAACGUGUGUGGAAUUUAAAUGGUGGAUAUGCUUGUUAUAGUGUGAUAUGCUUCUAAAAUUUCUUUGCUGUGCCUGAAUUACUGGUAAAACCAUUCAGUGAUUCCCUACAGGAAGAUAAGAGGAGUUUUUUACUAGCGCAGGAGACAAUCUUUAUACCUUGCAUCAAAUAUCCAGUUAGUUCGAAGCCGCUGUGCAGCAUGAGUUUCAUCGGGUGUGUGCAUUUAAUUUGUAUCACAUUAUUGGUUUAUGGCACUGACAUUUUAUUUGCUGAAACAUUACACUGACUUAGGCUUUGUUAUGAAUUUAAUAUUCUAUUAUCUCAAGGAUGAAAGCCAGUGGCAGAUGAAUUGCUGACAGUCACAACAUUGAAAGGAUGACAAGGGAAAAUAAGGAAAUAAAAUAUUUUCACACGAGUUACAUCUGCUUGAGACAAGAUAUCUCGAAACAUUGAGAAUAACAAAUUUAGGAUUGCCUAGCUGCAGACCCUUGAAUGUAUGUUUUAUCUUUCCUGUUUCACGGUAUAAUGCUGCAGUUUUAAAAGGCUGCAUCAAGGUAGAAUUUCCCUCUUCAAUUAACAGUCAUGAAUUCCCAACUUUAGAUCUUAUGCUAAUUCAGGAAUGUUUUCAUCAGGCAACAUUUAGAUGUUUUGAAUUUCUUCACGAAUAAUCAGUUGAAACCAAUUCAGAAUUAAUGAACAAUACUAUAUGUAGAAGUAAAAACUAAGUAUAGAUUCAAGAAUAAUAUUUCUGUUGGUCAGGGAAUAAAGGAAUAGUUUGUUCUACAAAACUGGACCAUA